CAAUAAUAGGAGCAUGUUAUAAAGGGCAGCAGCUGAGUUGAGUGAAUGGCGUGGGCAGUGGUCAGUAGAGUUGAAGAAAUUGGAAGGUGGAUAAAUGUUGUGUAGCAGAGAAGUAGUACUGAACCAGUAGAUCAGACCACUUCAUUUACUCCUCUGUUUUCAAAUUUUCCCUCCAACGUCUACAAUUUGAAUUAAAAGAUGGAAACUAACUCAGUUUCCAAGAUUAUAACCAUCUUCUUGAUGGCCCUGUUAGUGAGUGGUUUUAAAUUGAUCCACUGUAGUGUAACCUAUGAUAACAAAGCCAUUAUCAUCAAUGGGCAAAGGAGAAUCCUCAUCUCUGGCUCCAUUCACUAUCCCAGAAGUACCCCUGAAAUGUGGGAAGAUCUUAUAAAGAAGGCAAAAGAUGGAGGCUUAGAUGUUAUCGACACUUAUGUUUUCUGGAAUGUUCAUGAGCCUUCUCCUGGCAAUUAUAAUUUUAAUGGAAGAUAUGAUCUGGUUCGGUUUAUUAAAACAAUCCAGAAACUGGGGCUGUAUGUUCAUCUCCGUAUUGGACCUUAUGUUUGUGCAGAGUGGAAUUUUGGUGGAUUUCCUGUUUGGUUGAAGUAUGUCCCUGGCAUCAGCUUCAGAACAGAUAAUCAGCCUUUUAAGGCAGCAAUGCAAGAGUUCACCCAAAAAAUUGUGCAAAUGAUGAAAAAAGAGAAGCUGUUUGCAUCACAAGGCGGUCCUAUCAUCCUUUCUCAGAUCGAAAAUGAGUAUGGUUCAGAGAGCAAUGCGCUUGGGGCUGCUGGUCAUUCCUAUAUGAACUGGGCUGCAAAGAUGGCAGUUGGAUUAAACACAGGAGUUCCAUGGGUUAUGUGCAAGGAAGAUGAUGCUCCGGAUCCUGUGAUCAAUUCAUGUAAUGGUUUUUACUGUGAUGCUUUUUCUCCAAACAAACCUUACAAACCGACAUUGUGGACCGAGGCUUGGAGUGGCUGGUUUACUGAAUUUGGCGGCCCCAUUCACGAAAGACCAGUUGAAGAUUUGGCAUUUGCAGUUGGUCGUUUCUUACAAAAGGGUGGUUCAUAUUUUAACUACUACAUGUACCAUGGAGGAACCAACUUCGGACGAUCUGCAGGAGGGCCAUUUAUUACAACAAGUUAUGACUAUGAUGCUCCAAUAGACGAAUAUGGUUUGAUCAGGGAACCUAAAUACGGUCAUCUGAAAGCACUUCAUAAAGCUAUCAAGUUAUGUGAAUAUGCUUUAGUAUCAUCAGAUCCCAGCAUAACAUCACUUGGGACUUACCAACAGGCUCAUGUAUUUUCUUCUGGACCAAGAAACUGUGCAGCUUUUCUUGCCAAUUACAAUCCCAAAUCUACAGCUAGGGUGGUUUUCAAAAAUAUGCACUAUGAUUUGCCUCCAUGGUCCAUAAGUAUCCUUCCUGAUUGCAGGAAUGUGGUAUUUAACACUGCUAAGGUUGGAGUUCAAACUUCACGUAUGCAGAUGCUGCCAACUGGUUCUGGGUUGUUCUCUUGGGAGACUUAUGGUGAAGAUAUUUCUUCUCUAGGGGACACUUCGAGAAUGACAGCUCUUGGACUUUUGGAGCAGAUAAAUGUCACUAGAGAUACCAGUGAUUAUUUGUGGUAUUUGACCAGUGUGGACAUUAGCUCCUCAGAAGCAUUUCUUCGAAACGGACAAAAGCCUAGUCUCACUGUGCAGUCAGCAGGUCACGGUGUUCAUGUGUUCAUCAAUGGGCAGUAUGCAGGAUCAGCAUUUGGAACCAGAGAGAAUAGGCAAUUUACAUUUACAGGACCAGUCAACCUACGUGCAGGAUCAAAUAGAAUCGCAUUGCUCAGCGUAGCAGUUGGAUUACCGAACAUCGGCCUGCACUACGAGACAUGGAAAACUGGGGUACUAGGUCCAGUAUUGCUACAAGGUCUUAAUCAGGGAAAGAAAGACUUAGCAAGUCAAAAGUGGUCCUAUCAGGUUGGUCUAAAAGGAGAGGCAAUGAAUCUGGUCUCUCCAAAUGGCGCCUCAUCGGUUGAUUGGAUCCAAGGGUCCCUAGUUUCGAACCAAGGGCAGGCACUGAAGUGGCAUAAGGCCUAUUUUGAUGCACCUGGAGGAAAUGAGCCAUUAGCUUUGGAUAUGCAAAGCAUGGGAAAGGGUCAAAUGUGGAUCAAUGGCCAAAGUAUUGGGAGAUACUGGAUGGCUUAUGCAAAAGGUGACUGCAGUAGUUGCAGUUACACUUUUACAUUCCGGCCUUCAAAGUGUCAACACGGUUGCGGCCAACCAACUCAACGAUGGUACCAUGUUCCAAGGUCAUGGUUAAAGCCAACAAAAAAUUUGCUUGUAGUUUUUGAAGAGCUUGGUGGGGAUGCAUCAAAGAUAUCUCUCGUCAAGAAAUCAAUCACAAGUGUUUGUGCUGAUAUACAUGAACAUCACCCUGCCAUCGAGAAUUAUAGUACAGAUAGUAGUUCUGAAUCAUCAAUGCUUCAUCAGGCCAAUGUUCACCUGCGGUGUGCACAUGGGGAAUCAAUAGCAGCUAUAAAAUUUGCCAGUUUUGGUACGCCUUUGGGAACUUGUGGAAGUUUUCAGCAAGGACAUUGUCAUGCACCGAAUACUCAAUCAGUUAUAGAAAAAAAAUGCGUUGGACAGGAGAGCUGCAUGGUUAUCAUAUCGAACAGUAACUUUGGCGCUGAUCCGUGUCCAAAUGUAUUGAAGAAGCUAUCAGUUGAAGCUGUCUGUUCCACAGGCAGCUCCGAGAGAACAGUAUAAAGAUGCAAACAACAAUUGUUCAAAAUGGAACGUAACAUCGGAUGUCAGAUGCUUGGUCAUAACUACCUACAAUGUAUAGCUAUGUGUAGUAGAUUUUUGGAUAUGGAACGUGCCGCCUGCAGCAUUUAGUAUUUUCAUAAGAGUUUGGAGAUAAAGCAAUUGGUUCUACAAAGGUAAAUUCAUUGGUGGAAAAUAGGAAUAAGGAAAUUAUUGGUGCCCCACGAACAAGUUGAUUCAUUAGUGGAAAAUACAGGCAGUGAUUCUUGUGUAAACAAAGGAUAUGUAAUAGAUUGUAGUUUAUGAUUCUUCUCAGUUAUUGAGCAAUGCAAUCAUCUGGGUCUUUGAUCUUA